AUGUCACAGGAAGUUGGGGACGAAAUUGGUAGCAAGUUAGGUAAAUUUAUUAAAGUCGAUAGGCGUUCGUGGCAAUCUGAUCAGGCAAAAUUCAUGAGAGUUCGUGUAGAGUUGGAGAUUGAUGAGCCACUAAGAAGGGGAGCUUAUAUUGCAAGCUCUGAUGGCGAACGACUAUGGCUUACGUUCAAAUAUGAAAGGCUACCUACUGUUUGCUUCAUCUGUGGGAAGCUUGGGCAUGAUAAAAAACAUUGUCCAACAUCUGAUGUCUGGCAAAGUGCUUGCCAUCAAUAUGGGGACUGGUUAAGGGCUGGGUGGACCGCAAAAGUGGCAGCCAAAGAAAGGAACUCGAGCAAGGACACGAUCCGAGUGGUCUCCGAUGAGUUAGAAAUGCAGCGAAAGACCUGGCCGACGACUGGUUCUGCUUCAGCAUGUUUUGAGGGUUCAGGUCUUGAGGGCAGGAAACAAAGCUUGGAGAAGGGUAAUACCUGGGGUAGCAAUAACACCACAUGUGCAGAUGGACAACUUGCUGGUGACGUACAAGUCUUUAGUGGAUCUACAGAGCAGAUAAUGAGUGAAGCGGCAGGGCAAGAUUUGAGUGUUUUGGGUUCUGGUGAGAAUUCACGUGAUCAUCUAAGGCAGGAUAUUUCAAUUGAGCAUAGAGACUCUUUCUCUCAUGGGCCAAAAAGCCCUACUUCACAAGGCCCAAAAGGCUCUAUUUCUCAAGGGAGCCCAAGUACUAAAGCACCUUUAGAUAAAAAUGAGAAAGACAACCUAGUGAAGAAGAAUGCGGCCAAUGCUGUCCAAGUUGGUGUAAUUUUUCAGGCCAAAGCUAAUGAAAAAGGAAAACAGAUUUUGGGUAAAGGCAGUCUGAAAAAAGUUGCCCAUGCGAAAGGAAAAGUAAGCGAUGAUCAAACUCUCGCCCAAAUGUUGAAGAUAGGAGCAAAGCACUUGAGAGCGAAUGAAGCUUCAGAGGAAGAGAACAACCGGGCUCCUAAGUGCCUUUGUGAACCGGUCAACUCAGGUUUAGCUGACUCUGUCUUUGAGCUAGUUUAA